CGGCAGUAUGACUUGCAGUUAAACACAGCAUAUAACUUCGGUCAGUCUCAUAUAAUCUGCAGAUCGCGUUAUCACGUAGACGCAACAGGUAGCAAAAUGUCUCUCAAUAUUGAUCCGGAAAGUUUAAGAGUUUUUGGAUUUUGGGGCGCCAUUUUGGUACUCAAAGUACUCGCCCUCGCUCCGCUUACCGCUCGUCAACGACUACAAAAACAAAUAUUUUCAAAUCCUGAAGAUGUUAAAUAUGGUGACAAAAAAGCAAAACUUUGCUUUGACGACCCAGAUGUGGAGCGAGUUAGGAGAUGCCACUUGAACGAUCUUGAAAAUGUUGUUCCAUGGUUUUUGGCUACAUUUUUAUGGCUUUCGACCAAUCCUUCGACGUGGCUAGCCGGAAUUCUCAUCAGAAGUUUCGUCAUCUCAAGAAUCGUUUACACAAUUGUCUACGCUCUCGUUCCAUUGCCACAGCCAUCGAGAGCCAUCACAUUUUUCGUCGGUUUUCUAAUAACAGCCUAUAUGGCGACGUCGACGUUGCUACAUUACGCCUAAAUCAUACAAAUGAUCGAAUUGAUAACUGACAAUAAAAUUUUUGUUACAAUAUAA